GGCACCUUGAUCACAUCGUUCCUCCACAAGACUUCCACAUAGCCGACCAUUUUGUUCUCUUAAUUCUGCAACCUUACGCAGUAUCACUGAGUUAUCUAUCUCCCAAUAGUCCAUGGCAGCACAUAUUCGACCAGUCUCGCUUACAGCCUGGCAGGCAGGAUCCGGAGUCGGAUCCGAGCGGGGCUUGACUUCGGCCCCGGACUUGCCACCCAUUUCGCGCAAGAAGCAGGCUAUAGUGCUCUUCUCAGCUUUUAUAACCAUCGCCCUGACAAUAGGCUACAAUCAAUGCUUUGGUGUGUUUCAGGAGUACUAUCUGUCCCCCAGCCAAGACAUAUUGGUGCCGGCGCCGGCUUCGCAGACCUCCCCACCGACGGCAUUGCUCACCUUUGUCGGCACGCUGUGCUAUGGGUUGACCUGGGCAGGCGGCAUCCUCGUGAGCCCCAUCAUAUCACGUAUUGAGCACGGAACUUGGUCAAGCACGUCGUCGACUCGGAUAUGGCGUCGCAGGCUUCUGCGCCUCUUGAAGCCAAGAACCAUUACGAUCUCUGGGGUUCUCAUGAUGUCUACUGGGUUCGCACUAGCAUCUCUCAGCAGUUCUAUAUGGCAACUCCUGCUCACGCAGGGCUUCUUGGUCGGCUUCGGGAUGUCGCUACUAUACUUUCCGCUUCUAGCUCCAGCGCCUGAGUAUUUUACCAACCAUCGGGCUACGGCUAUGGGUUUUAUAUUAGCUGGUGGCGGUGCCGGCGGCCUCAUAUUCGGACCCGUGAUCCGGGCUCUUCUCAGCGCGGUUGGCGGUCGGUGGACGUUGAGAAUCUAUGCUCUUUUCAACCUUAUUGCUGGCUUACCAAUCGCCUGGACAGUGCCGCGGAGUAGGUUCGCAGCCGUCUCAACGGCAGAAGGACCGGAGAGGCGAGGCACUCACGUCUCCCGCUCUCUAGCCCUAAAACCGACAUUCCUCUUCUCCGCCGUAGCUGCGUUCCUCCAGGCGGCUGGUGCCCAGCUUCCGCUCUCCUUCAUACCUUCCUACACCGUCAUUCUUGGUUUCGACGCCUCCAAGGGUGCGAAUCUCCUUGCCGCCAGCAAUGCCAUAAAUGCCGUGGCGCGUGUCCUCAUCGGUUACGCUGGCGACCGCCUUGGGCGGCAGAACACGCUUGUGCUGACACUCCUCCUCGCUGCAUCCAGUGUCUUUGCUCUCUGGCUCGCCAGCGCCCUGGCUUCUGCUUCGUCUUCCCUAUCACUAUGGCUGGCUUUUAUUGUGCUUUAUAGCGUCUCUGCUGGUGGAUAUUAUGCCUUGUUCCCGGCACUCAUUGCUGAGGUCUUCGGCAUCCGGCAAUACGCUGCUGUGAAUGCGUUUAUACUUUUUGUAAGAGGGCUGGGAACUAUGUUCGGAAGUCCCGUUGGUGGACAGCUACUCGGCAGCUCGGAUGAGGGAACGAGGGCGUAUGCUAGUAUCGCGUAUUGGGACGGCGCACUCUUGAUGGGCGCAACAGUGUGCUGUGUCGGAGUACGGUGGGCUGAUGGAAAGGGGAAAGGGUGGAAGUGGAUAGCUUGAGGCUGAUAUGCUGCAAUAGUGGAACAUUAUCCACUGCUACGCUG